AUGAAGGUGUUUGUGCUAGCCAUCACGUUGGCCCUUGCCACGGGUUACCAGGUCAACUUUGCCCCAGAGUUUACAACUGGAAAGACCUACAUCUACAAAUAUGAAGCCCUUGUUAUGGGCGGCCUGCCUGAGGAGGGCCUGGCACGGGCGGGAGUAAAAGUCCGUAGCAAAGUUUUGAUCAGUGCAGCUGCUCCCGACAUGUUCAUGCUGAAGCUUGUAGAGCCUGAAAUCUUUGAGUACAGUGGCAUCUGGCCCAAAGACGCUUUCAUCCCGGCCACCAAGCUCACAUCAGCCCUGGCUGCUCAGCUCUUGACACCUGUCAAGUUUGAGUACGCUAACGGUGUUGUCGGCAAAGUGUUUGCACCAGCAGGCGUCUCUGCAACUGUGCUGAAUGUCUACAGAGGAAUCCUCAACGUCCUUCAACUGAACAUCAAGAAGACUCAAAACGUCUAUGAGCUGCAAGAGCCUGGUGCACAGGGCAUAUGCAAGACCCACUACGUCAUCAGUGAGGACGCAAAGGCCGAGCGCAUCCUGUUGACCAAGACCAAGGACCUGAGCCACUGCCAGGAGAGAAUCAUUAAGGACAUCGGCCUGGCUUACACAGAGAGAUGUGUUGAGUGUGAGGCUAGAGGAAAGACCCUGAAGGGAACCGCUGCUUUUAACUACAUCAUCAAGCCAGCAGCCACAGGUGCUCUGAUCCUGGAGGCAACUGCCACAGAGCUCAUCCAGUUCUCACCUUUCAACAUCUUGAAUGGUGCUGCCCAGAUGGAGGCUAAACAAGUCCUGACCUUCCUGGAGAUUGAGAAGACCCCUGUGGAGCCCAUCAGAGCUGAAUAUCUUCACCGUGGAUCCCUGCAGUACGAGUUUGGCAGCGAGCUUCUCCAGACACCCAUCCAGCUUCUGAGGAUCAGCAACACCGAGGCUCAGAUUGUUGAGCUCCUGAACCACAUGGUGACCUUCAAUGUGGCCAAAGUCCAUGAAGAUGCCCCUCUGAAGUUUAUCGAGCUCAUCCAGCUGCUACGUGUGGCCAGUUUUGAGAGUAUCGAAGCCCUCUGGACUCAGUUCAAAGCAAGACCUGAUCACAGGCACUUUAUCCUGAAUGCUGUCCCUGCAAUUGGUACCCAUGUUGCUCUGAAGUUCCUCAAGGAGAAGUUCCUUGCUGGUGAGCUGACUAUUGCUGAAGCUGCUCAGGCGCUGCUGGCAUCUGUGCACAUGGUGACAGCCGACCUGGAGGCCAUCAAGCUUACUGAGGGCCUGGCUUUGAACCAUAAGAUCCAAGAAAACCCAGUUCUGCGUGAGAUUGUCAUGCUGGGCUACGGCACCCUGGUUGCUAAAUACUGUGCAGAGAACCCAACUUGCCCAGCUGAGCUUCUGAGGCCCAUCCAUGAACUUCUUGUCCAUGCUGUUGCCAAAGGUGAAAUUGGAGAGCUCAUCAUCACUCUCAAAGUCCUGGGUAACGCUGGACAUCCUGCCAGCCUUAAGCCAAUCAUGAAGCUCCUGCCUGGCUUUGGCAGUGCUGCUGCUAGUCUGCCACUCAGAGUUCACAUUGAUGCUGUUCUUGCCCUGAGGAACAUUGCCAAGAAGGAGCCCAAGAUGAUCCAGGAUGUGGCUGUUCAGAUGUUUAUGGACAAGGCUCUCCACCCAGAGCUCCGCAUGGUUGCUGCUAUCGUUCUGUUUGAGACCAAGCUGCCCAUGGGUCUGGUGACCACUCUUGCUGAUGCCCUCUUACAAGAAAAAAAUCUGCAGGUGGCUAGCUUUGUCUACUCCUACAUGAAGGCCAUGACCAAAAACACCGCUCCCGACUUUGCUUCUGUUGCUGCUGCCUGUAACGUUGCUGUGAAGAUCCUCAGCCCCAAAUUCGAUAGACUGAGCUACCGCUUCAGCAGAGCUCUCUAUGUUGAUGCCUACCACAGCCCCUACAUGAUGGGUGCUGCCGCCAGCGCCUUCUACGUUAACGAUGCCGCAACUGUUUUGCCAAGAGCCAUUGUUGCCAAAGCCCGCACCUACCUGGCUGGAGCUUAUGCUGAUGUUCUUGAGCUUGGUGUGAGAACUGAGGGAAUCCAGGAGGCCCUUCUGAAAAUCCCCGAGGCUCCUGAGAAUGCAGACAGGAUGACAAAGAUCAAAGAAGUUAUGAAGGCUCUUUCUGAGUGGAGGUCUCAUCCUUCCAGCCAACCCCUGGCCUCUGUGUAUGUGAAAUUCUUCGGACAGGAAAUUGCAUUUGCCAACAUUGACAAAGCCAUUGUUGAUCAAAUCAUUGAGCUUGCCAGUGGACCAGCAAUCCACACUUACGGCAGGAAGGCUCUGGAUGCUCUGCUGUCAGGUUUCGCCUUGCAUUAUGCUAAACCAAUGCUGGUAGCUGAGGUUCGCCGCAUCCUUCCCACCACUGUUGGUCUGCCUAUGGAGCUCAGUUUCUAUACUGCUGCUGUGGCUGCUGCAUCUGUUGAAUUCCAAGCCUCUGUGACACCACCUCUGCCUGAGAACUUCCACGCUGCCCAGCUUCUGAAGUCUGACAUCAACAUGAGGGCUGCCAUUACUCCAAGUGUUUCCAUGCACACCUAUGCUGUUAUGGGAGUGAAUACUGCUUUCAUCCAGGCUGCCCUGCUGUCAAGGGCCAGAGUUCACACAAUCGUUCCUGCAAAGGUGGAAGCAAAAAUUGACAUGAUUAAGGGCAACUUCAAGCUUCAGCUCCUGCCUGUCCAGGGCAUCGAUAAGAUUGCAUCCGCAAUUGUUGAGACUUUUGCUGUUGCAAGAAAUGUAGAAGACCUUGCAGCUGCCAAAUUCACACCAAUGAUUCCAGCUGAAGUCACAGAACGUCUGUCAAGGGAGAGUUUCUCUUCAAAGAUUUCUAGGAUGGCAUCCUCUCUGGUUGGUGGCAUGUCAGCAUCAUCUGAGAUCAUCCCCGUUGACCUGCCAAGUAAAAUUGCCAGCAAACUGAAACUCAAAAAAGCCUUUGAGAAGAAAAUGUGUACUGAAAUCGAAACCUUUGGAAUCAAGGCAUGCACUGAGAUUGAAUCUCACAAUGCCGCCUUCAUCAGAGACUGCCCACUCUAUGCCAUGAUUGGAAAACAUGCAGUCUUAGUUGAGGUUGCUCCAGCUGCUGGACCAGUCAUCGAGAAGAUUGAAAUUGAGGUUCAGGUUGGGGAAAAAGCAGCUGAAAAGAUCAUGAAAGUCAUUAACAUUAGCGAGGAAGAGGAAAUUCUCGAGGACAAGAAUGUCCUGAUAAAACUGAAGAAAAUCCUGGUUCCUGGUCUGAAGAACCUCACAUCAGCCUCCUCCAGCUCCAGCAGCUCUCGCUCCAGCAGCUCCCGCUUAAGCGUCUCCUCCUCUGCAUCAUCCAAGUCCUCCUCCAGCUCCUCUUCUCGCCGCAAGAGCAAGAUGGUUGAUGAUAUUGCUCCAACCAGCAAGGCAUCAAAGAGACUGAGCAGCUCCUCCAGCAGCCGAUCAAGCCUUAGCUCUUCCAGCAGCUCACGCUCCAGCAAGUCCUCAAGCAGCCGCUCAUCUCUCCUCUCCAGCAGCCGCUCCUCCAGCUCCAGCUCCUCCAGGUCCAGCUCAUUGUCCAAGCAAGAACUGUUUGAGAUGAAGUUUACCAAGAGCCACAUCCACCAGCAUGCCAUCUCCACAGUCCGUGCCAACAGCAAGAGCAGCGCCCACAGCUUUGAGGUCAUCUAUGAUAAAGCCAAGUACCUCGCUAAUACCAUCACUCCUGCUGUGACCAUUCUCAUCCGUGCCGUGAGAGCGGACCAGAAGAUUCAGGGAUACCAGAUUGCAGCUUACUUUGACAAAGCUACUGCCAGACUGCAGCUCAUUUUUGCCAGCCUGGCCGAGAACGACCACUGGAGAAUCUGUGCCGAUGGUGUGAUGCUGAGCCAACACAAGCUGAUGGCCAAGAUUGCCUGGGGCCUUGAGUGCAAACAAUACGAGACUGAGAUCACAGCUGAGACUGGUGUUGUGGGUACAGAGCCUGCAGCACGCCUGAAGGUUACCUGGGAUAAACUUCCAAUGAGCAUGAAGCACUACGCAAAGGAGAUCUCUGAGUACAUUAACCAAUUUGCCAAGGAAUAUGGAGUGAACCUGGCAAAGGUCAAAAACAUUCGUAAUCAGAUCAAAUUGUCUGUGGCUGUUGCCUCUGAGAGGAGCCUGAAUGUUGUGCUGAAGACACCAAAGAGGACAUUGUAUAAACUUGGUGUGGAUCUCCCCAUCUAUCUGCCAUUUGGAGAAACUGCUACUGAGCUUGAACCAUACCAGAACAACUGGGCUGACAAGAUCGCCUACAUGCUCACUAAGGCUCAUGCAGUUGAGUGUGCCAUGGUCAAAGACACACUGACCACGUUCAACAACAGGAAAUACAAGAACGAGAUGCCCCACUCUUGCUACCAGGUUUUGGCUCAGGAUUGCACAAAGGAACUUAAAUUUAUUGUUCUGCUGAAGAGGGAUCAUACUCAGGAACAGAACCAGAUCAGUGUGAAGAUUGCAAACAUUGAUGUGGACCUGUAUCCAAAGGACAAUGUUAUUAUGGUGAAGGUUAACGGACAAGAAAUCCCCAUCACCAACCUGCCAUAUCAUCAUCCCACAGGCAAAAUUCAGAUCAGACAGAGCGGUGAGGGUAUUGCUCUCCAUGCUCCAAGCCAUGGUCUUCAGGAGGUCUACCUUGAUCUGAGCACACUGAAGGUUAAAGUUGUGGACUGGAUGAAGGGACAGACCUGUGGACUCUGUGGAAAGGCCGACGGGGAAAUUAGACAGGAGUACCGCACACCUAAUGAGCGCAUUACCAAGAACGCCGUCAGCUACGCUCAUUCCUGGAUUGUGCCUGCAAAGAGCUGCCGUGAUGCCUCUGAGUGCUUCAUGAAACUUGAAUCUGUGAAGCUAGAGAAGCAGGCAGUCCUCCAUGGCCAGGAGUCUAAAUGCUACUCUGUCGAGCCCGUGAUGCGCUGCCUGCCUGGCUGCACGUCCAUCAGGACCACCUCCGUCACUGUUGGCUACCACUGUGUGCCCACUGAUUCUAACCUGAAUGGCUCUGAGGGUCUAAGCAGCAUCUAUGAGAAGAGCAUAGACCUGAGGGAAACAGCCGAGGCCCACCUGGCCUGUCGCUGUACCGCUCAGUGCGCUUAA